AUGGAUGACGAGAAGUAUCUCAUUGAGGAGAGGGCCAGGAUUGAAAGGCUUCUUAAGGAGGAAGUGCUAGAAAUGAGGGCGCUCAUGCUGGACGAAACGACAAAACUGAUUAUUGGUGAUGGAAGUGAGACCAUACGACAAUUGCGAGCAGAAUCAGAUGUAAAAAUUUGGUUUUCCAAACAGGUUUACGGGAACGAACACAGAAUCUUAUUUGUGAAGGGACUGGCGGAGAAUGUGGCUCAAACCUUUGGAUCCAUCGCUCGAAUAUUGGCCAUGGCAACGUCUCCUAAUGCCGUCGAUAUCAAUGCGGUUCACGUUGAGAUCAAAUUCCUAUUUCCUAAUCCAGUAGUGGGAAGGAUUAUCGGUAAGGGGGGCCUUAAUGUGAAGGAAAUUACUAAAGCUAGUGCAGCAAUCGUUAAAAAGAGCUAUCAUUUCCUAGAGGGUUCAACAGAUAGACUGGUUUCUAUCUAUGGCGUGCCCAAUUCUAUCCACAUUGCCACAUAUUAUAUGGCUGAAGCAUAUUUUAAGACAGUAGCAUAUGGAAUCGAUUUAAGCAGAGAGAUUCCAUACCAACCUCGUGAAGGGCCCGUUAAAGAAGUUAGUGAGAUUAUAAUCGACAGAUCAGAUACCAAGUCACCGACACUAUAUGCUGUUCCGCAGCCAAGUAUUAAGAAGAGAAGACGUUCCGAUUUUUCUGACCACGAAGACGACGUACGACCAGGCCACUUGAUGAGGAUACCGAACUUGGAAAUCCAAUCUAUCGAACCCAGUAAAUCGGGCAAUCUACUAUCAAAUAUCACUAAAGUGGUCACAUAUCCAGAUAAAUACAGUAGCAAAGUUAUUGGCCGAGAGGGCACAUAUAUCAACAUGUUACGUGAGAGCACCUCCUGUAGUAUUCGCUUGAAAAGUCCAGACGAUAAGGAAGACCUUGCCAUUAUUUCCAUUCGUGGUCCUCCCCUCUGCGUAGAUGCAGCACUGCUUCUUAUUGCCCACAGGAUAGAGCUGAGCAAGCGUCUCCUGGAUGAAUAG